AUGUCUGCUGAACGUGGAAAGACGGACACGGUUGUGGCCUGUGUAAACGCUUUUGGAUCUUUUAUACCUCCAGUAUUGAUUUACAAACGUGCAAGACUGAAUCCCCAUUUAUUAACCGGGGCUAUUCCAGGAACCAUAGGAAUUCCUAGCCCCACCGGUUGGAUAGAUACGGAUAUCUACUUUAAGGUGGUCGAGCAUUUUAUUAAAUCAGUUCGAGCUAGUAAGGAUAACCCAACGCUACUUAUCGUUGAUGGACACAGCACCCAUAAAUCUUUAAAGGCAGUAAAUUUGUGUCGAGAGCAUGGCAUUGUUGUAAUAACGUUACCACCACAUUGCACUAAUCGCCUUCAGCCCGUUGAUCUCACGGUGUUUGGGCCUUUAUAA